UCAAGCAGAGGUGCUUUAUUAAGAGAACUAGGCAGGACAAACAUUAACAUGGCAAGCUCAGCUGUUCAGUUACUUGGCUUCUCUCUAAGCCUGCUCGGCCUAAUUGGGACAUUAAUUGCUACUAUUCUGCCACACUGGUGGCGAACGGCACAUGUAGGCACCAAUAUUAUAACAGCUGUGGCCUAUAUAAAAGGGCUUUGGAUGGAGUGCGUCUGGCACAGCACCGGCAUCUACCAGUGCCAAGUCCACCGCUCCCAGCUGGCGCUGCCCCGUGACCUCCAAGCCGCCCGUGCCAUGAUGGUAAUUUCCUGCGUCCUUUCCGUGCUGGCAUGUGUGAUUGCUGUCAUCGGUAUGAAGUGUACACAGUGUGCCAAGGGGACUUCUGCCAAAGACUCCAUUGCGGUCUCUGGGGGAAUCGUUUUCAUCCUGGCCGGUCUCUUUUGCCUGGUACCUGUUUCUUGGACCACUAACGAUGUUGUUACAGAUUUCUACAAUCCCGUGCUUCCCAGUGGGAUGAAGUAUGAGAUUGGUCAAGCUCUUUACCUUGGCUUUGUCUCCGCAUCUUUGACUAUCCUCGGUGGGGCUCUGCUGUGCACAUCAAGCCAGUGUCAUGGGAAUGAGACACCUUACCAGACGCAGCCCAGCAGCAUAAGAAGGAUUGCUCCCUCCUAUAGACCACCAACUGUCUACAAGGGAAACCAUGCUUCUUCCCUGACAUCUGCUUCCCAUAGCGGCUACAGAUUAAAUGACUAUGUGUGAGUUCCCCAAGAUUUGCCUGCGGGACAGAGCUGCUUUAUAAUUUCUGUGCGUGGCAUUACAAAGCUAAGAUAACUUUUAAUUUAUAAGGGUUACAAUACAAAGUUUACCAUUGUUCAUUUCUUCCUUUCCUUUCUUUCCGGAGAAAGAAAGAAUGCGAACACAAAACUGCUUGCUGCAAAACCUGGAAAAGAAAUACAAAGGAGGCUGUGACAUUCCAGACACAGCACAUACCUGCCUACUUUAAAUUAGAGUUUUGCAGGCAGGGAGUUCAAGGGCUGUUUUGCUAAAAGUAAUGGUUUGGUUUGUAGUUUCUGCCCCACGACAAGCACUAAAGUGGAACUGGCCACAACUUGUUGUUCGAAUAAUAUUCCAACAAGACGCCGUUUUGCCUAAAACAGAGAACUCCAUGGUGAGACACAGUGAUAUUCAGCAGUGAUUGCCUGCUAUGUUUCUCUUUUCUAUAGUGCAUGAAUGUUUUGUUAUGACAAAGCUUUAC